AUGGUCCAUAUCGCGCUGUCGUCGCUGCUGGACACGGACCUGUACAAGCUGACGAUGCAGCAGGCCGUCCUGCAGCACUUCCCGACGGCAGAAGUGACGUGUACGCUCGCCGACUCACACAGACCGCCUCACUGUCCGCACGCCGGGCGCCCUGUUCAGCGAGGCCUGCAUCGAGGCGAUCGAGGCGGCCAUCCAGCGUACGUGCGCGGCGCUCACACAGACCUCGGCACACUGCGGUUCACGCCUGAGGAGAUUGACUGGCUCCGCCAGGCCUGCCCGUACUUCCGCGAGCCGUACCUGAGCUUUCUGCGGCAGUUCCAGCUGCGGCCCGCCGAGCAGGUGCGCCUCACGCUCACGCCCGUCCAGGCGAAGCAGGGCUCGCUGCAUAUCGAGAUCUCCGGCCUGUGGCGCGACGUGAUCCUGUACGAGGUGCCGAUCAUGGCGAUCAUCAGCGAGGCGUACUUUGCCGUGUGCGACGUGGACUGGUCUCUCCAAGGCCAGCGCGAGCGCGCGUAUGCGAAGGGCCAGGAGCUCUUCCGGCACGGCAUCAAGCUGAGCGAGUUUGGCACGCGCCGCCGCCGCUCGUACGCUGCGCAGGACGUCGUCGUCGCGGGCCUCCUGCAGGCGCACCAGGAGGCCGUGGCGAGCGGCGACCCGGACGCCGGGCGCCUGCUCGGCACGAGCAAUAUCCUGCUUGCGCGCAAGUACGGGAUCCCGCCGAACGGCACGAUCGCGCACGAGUGGACGAUGGGCAUCGCCGCGCUACGGGGCUACGACCACAGCAACCGCACGGCGCUCGAGCUGUGGGAGCAGGUGUACUGCCCGCCCGCGUUCACGCCCACGAGCCCGAGCAACAACCUGACAAUCGCGCUCACGGACACGUUCAGCACGAAGGUGUUCUGGGAGGACCUGCUCGCCGACGAGCGCGGCAAGCAGAUCUUGCGCGACUGGCGCGGCCUGCGGCAGGACUCCGGCGACAGCACCGCGUUCGUCGAGCGCGCCGUCGCGAUGUACCGCCAGAUCGGCAUCGACCCCGCGACGAAGCUGAUCGUGUUCAGCGACGGCCUCACUGUCCCGCGCUGCGUGGCGCUCCAGGAGCUGGCGCAGCAGCACGGCAUCCAGGCCGGCUUUGGUACGCUGCCCCACUGA